CUUUUCAGAAUAAUUUUUUGAAUACUGCAUUUGGUUGUAAAAGAUGUCUCGAAAGCGACCAUGGGCUCUAACUGACUUUGCGUAUAAUUCAAAGGGUUAUGAGCGCGCUGAUACUGAUCUUGGUACAGGACCAAGAGAUCAGUCUUGGAAGGUCAGACAUGAACGUAUCAACAUGGAUGUGGACCAUCUGAGUUUUGUGUCUAAUGACAAGAAUUGGCCGGGUCUUUAUGUUGCUGGAAAGCCACUGUCUCCAGAGAAUUACUACUUUGCAAUUGAGAUUGUUCACAAUGGGUUGAACUCGGAGAUAGGUAUCGGCCUGGUUCCACACAAGUACCCCCUGAAUGUCCUGCCUGGAUGGAAAGAAUUCUCAGUUGGUUACCACGCUGACGAUGGAUACCUAUAUGUGGGUGAAGGGACUGGCAGAUCAUUUGGUGCAAAGUGCAAUUUGGGCGAUAGAAUGGGUUGUGGUAUACAGUUUACAAAAAGUGAAGGGGAACGACGACAGAUGUUCUUCACAAGAAAUGGCAAGAGGGUGGGAACAGUGUUUGUUCCGAACCCGCCGGGAGGCUUGUACCCAGCAGUGGGUAUGAAAUCAGACGGGGAGAAGGUGAGACUGAUACUCGACUCUGCCGACUGGCAGUAUGACCUUAAAUGGAUCCUCGACCCAAUGGUAGCUAGCAUGCAGACCUAUGGUGGGAUUGCAUUUUGGCAGGUACUUGAGGACGUAAAGCGAAAUCAGUGCAAGCAGAUUGUAUUGACUGCUCUGGGAUUGAACACACGGAAGGAGGUGCAAGAUUCCUACGAUCAGGCAGACAACAUGCUUCAGUACAAAGGUGAUGUUUCAACUUCGAAUGGGCGUGUACAGUUUUUGACACGCGCUCUUGAACUGGCAAAACAAGGCAAAACAAAAUGGAUUGUGCAUACUACAGUGAAACGAAAUGGUGUAGAAAUACCUGUUGGUAAGCAGUUGAAAGACAAAUAUACCGACCAAAUUCUUACGGAAGUCAAACGAAAAUUUUGAUCACCACCCCUUCAUAAUUCUGAAAGGAG